AUGGCCAUGGAGGACGACGAGAACGCGACCCAGAAGAGCCGCUUCUUCCGCGACGCGCGCGUGGAGGCCAUGCAGCGGCGCGUGGACGAGGUGCACGCGGAGGCCGAGGACCCCUGCACCAUCUUCCGCCUCCCCGCGGCCGUGCGCGAGCGCCACCCCGACCUGUACGAGCCCAAGGUCGUGUCCGUGGGGCCCUACUACCACGGCCGCGCCGGGCUCGCCGCCGCGCAGCAGCACAAGUGGCGCCUCCUGCGCGACUUCCUGUCGCGGGCAAACGGGAAGGGGCUGGGCGCCUACUUGCGCUGCGCGAGCGCGCUCGAGGCCGACGCGCGGCGGUGCUACGCGGAGGGGUUCGACGCCGUGGGAGCCGACGACUUCGCGGAGAUGCUGGUGCUCGACGGCUGCUUCCUGCUCGAGUUCUUCCUGCGGAAGGGCGAGGGCCAGCUCGCCGCGCCCGGGGGCGCCAAGUGGGCGUGGCAGCACAUGUACCACGACGUCCUCCUGCUCGAGAACCAGAUCCCCUUCUUCGUCGUCGAGAAGCUGCACGCCAUCGCCUUCCCCGGCGAGGACGGCAGGCCCGACAGCGAGGGGCUCCUCGACAUCUUCUGCAAGGCCCUGGCCGGCGACCUGCCGUCGAGCCGCGCCAUCCGGCCGCGGAGCGGCAAGACGAUACACCACCUCCUGCACCUGCACUACGAGUGCAACGUCCGCAGCGCGUCCGCGGACGCCAGCGACGCCAAGGGGCGCAGCAACGGCAAGGCCGACGCCAACGGCGCCUCGUCGCUGGCCGUGUGGAAGCAGUCGCCGGUCCCGUCCCCGCGCUCCAGCGACGGCGCCGUGAUGGGCCGGCUGACGUCGAUGGUCCCGCAGGCGGCCAAGAUGGAGGAGGCCGGCGUGACGUUCAAGAGGAAGGCGACCCCGCGCGACAUGUUCGACGUGAGCUUCCGGUACGGCGUGCUGCACAUGCCGGCGUUCGUGGUGGACGAGGCCGCCAAGGUGCUGCUGGCCAACCUGGUGGCGUUCGAGCAGGGCGGCGGCCGCGCCGCCAGGCAGCUGGACGGGGGCAACCUGGUGACGGGGUUCGUGGCGCUGGUGGGGUCCCUGGUGAACACGACGAGGGACGUGGAGGUGCUCCGGCGGUGUGGCGUCAUGCACUGCAUGCUCACCCACGACGAGGCCGUCAGGUACUUCAGCCACGUGGUGCAAUACACGACCAUGGACUACGACCGCCACCUGCUCGCCUGCUUGUUCCGAGACAUCCGAGAGCACUGCCAGUGGAGCCGAUGA